AUGAAGAACCUGAGCGAGCUGAACAGCACCGCGCCGCCGCCGCUCAUCCCCGGGCACAACUUCCCUGCGCUCAUCUUCGGCAUUUUCCUCAUCAUAGUCAUCAUCUGCGGGAAUGUCCUGGUGUGUCUGAGUGUGUGGAGGGAGAAGGCUUUAAAAACCACCACCAAUUACUUUAUUGUGAGUCUGGCUGCGGCUGAUCUUCUGCUGGCUGUUCUGGUGUUGCCGCUGGUCGUUUACGCCGAGUUUCAGGGUGGUGUCUGGUCCUUGGACAUGGUCGUUUGUGAUGGGCUGAUGGCUAUGGACGUGAUGCUUUGCACAGCCUCUAUAUUCAACCUGUGUGCGAUCAGCGUUGACAGGUUCAUCGCAGUGUCCAUUCCACUCAACUACAACCGAAGGCAUGUGGACCAUCGGCAGCUCAUCCUACUCUCAGGCACCUGGCUCCUUGCUCUAGCUGUGGCCUCUCCCAUCAUUUUUGGCAUAAACAAUGUCCCAAACCGUGACCCAACAGUGUGCAAGCUGGAGGAUGACAACUAUAUAGUGUACUCUUCCGUCUGCUCUUUUUUCAUCCCUUGCCCCAUUAUGCUCUUGCUUUACUGUGGGAUGUUCCGUGGCCUCCGCCGCUGGGAAGAGGCCCGUAAGGCCAAGCUGAUGAAGAGCAUCCAGGCUUGCCGUAGGCUUCAGCAUGCUGCUGCUGCUGCUGCUCUUCCACCACUGGCAGCCUUGCCAACUCCUAUGCCUGUGUUGCCUCGUGUCAUCCAGCAAGACCUGGCACAGUGCAAUGUGGACGAACUUGAUGAUGACAUGCAGCCCAGCUGCCCCUUACCACCAGAGUACAGUAACAGUACCAUUCAGACUGUUGCCUAUGCUGAGAUUCAGAACACAGCCCAAAGAAAGAAGAGGGCCAAAAUCAAUGGCAGGGAGCGGAAAGCCAUGAAGGUCCUACCUGUCGUUGUAGGUGCCUUCCUUUUCUGUUGGACUCCAUUCUUCGUGGUUCACACGAUGAGGGCCCUGUGUGAGACAUGUGAAAUCUCAUACUACUUAAUGAGCACAGUCACAUGGCUGGGUUACGUGAACAGUGCAUUGAACCCCAUCAUCUACACCGUCUUCAAUACUGAGUUCCGCAGGUUUUUCCACAAGUUUCUACACAGCACCUGCUGUUACUCGGCUAGAAGAAUCGAUGAAACUAUAAUGAUGCCAUGA